AUUCAAGAACCGCUUCCAAAGCUUGCUUGGUACAAUAGAGAUCAGGUUAAUUCUCGGAGUUGAUGCCAGCGCACCGUUCGGAGCUCCCGCGACUUGGGACAUGGACAAAGUUGGGGAGGUUUCUAUGCCAUCCUCUCUUGAAAGAGGCGACUUCUUAGCCAAAUCAGGCCAGAGGAUGACAUGAUAACCAGAGCCACUAGGGUACGUACCGGUGGUUUGUACCGGCACCAAGAAGGCCGUGUAUGAUAGCUACUAAUUGCGCUCUAGUAGAGCUUGGCGUUGACUGUGUGAAGCAUCCUUCCAGGUUGUCCUCGCUCCAAGUCCCGGUUGACUGUCCUUCCAGGGGGCUUCAGGCUUCAGCCACCCCCCUCCAGUCAGACAAACAAAUCUUUUAUCAUCUUUAUUUAGAAUGGCUUCCAAAGACCGAGCCGAGAUGCAUCACUCCUCGAAACCUCCUGGUUCUUGCUUCUACAGGCAUCGCAACGCAGCACCCAGAGCUCAUCAUUGCCCCUCGCUCGUCUGGACUCCACAAUACCACAGCGACGGCAUGCAACGACGCAUGGUGUGCGUAGACACUCCAACAGCCGCACUCCACCCAAUAGGUUUAUCCCACACGGAGCUGUCACCUAGCUAAAUCUGCUUUGCGGUACAGCGCCAGGCAACCGUAGCGGUCAUAUUCACAAGCAAGCUACUACUACUAGUAGCUAGGUCCAGCCAGCUGCCUUUGCUGGAUGGAUGUUUGGGUCUGGCGAGUCUCAGUCUUGUGUCAGGAGUGCUCGGAUGAUCGUUGUUUUGCACGUCUUGUUUCCUGUUCCGUGCAGUUCCUGAGUCGUCCAUGAGUCUUGUACGAGCAAAAUCUUAGCAAAAAGGAGUUAGUACACCUUCACUCUACUCUGUGAGUAGAGUACAACUAGAGUGAUAAGUAGUCGAAAGCGAUACCGGGAUUCUGCUAAGUAACUUUGGAUGGCACGUGCGGUGCUCAAGGGGUCAUUUUUGUUCUAUCUUCGGCGUCGAGGCAUUUCGCAUUGUUUGUUUCUUCUUGGCCCUCGAAGAAGGGAGGGACAAAAAGAUCGUCUUGUGGUAGGGUACUCGUAAGAUGUCAGACGAUGGCAGUGGCGGCGGAGGCGGUGGAGUCAAGAAUGCAUGUCUUGGUGUGGUGAUUGGCUGGUUACUGUUCUUCGGAAGCAUUGUGGUGAUGUUCUGGAAUGAGGGACGUACUGUGAAGAGAGCAAAUGACAUUGAUGAGGCUGAGGAACGGUACGUUUCCUUAAAGCUGAGUGACAUAAUUGAGGCUGAUAGAAAUAGUACUAGCUCUGUGGAAGAUGCCAGGUUUGCCUUGUCGCAGUACGCCAACAAGUUGGUUCACAUCACUGGAGACAUCAGUACCAGUGUGAUCAUCCAAGAUCCUCUCUUUGGAAUCAAUGGGAAGAUUGCAGAAGACGAAAACGCACUCAAGCUGCGCCGCGAGGUGGAAAUGUACCAAUGGAAAGAAGACAGGCACACUGAAGGCAGCAAGAAAAACAAGAAGACCGUCUACACCUAUGAAAAAGUGUGGUCUGAUGAGCACUACGAUUCUUCGUAUUUCCAUGAGUCUGGACAUGACAAUCCGGCCUUUCCAUUUAGGGAGGCCACGUUCACAGCCAACCCCAUCUUGAUGGAUGAUACCGUGGCAUUGGGAGAGCCUGCAGUGGAUCUCAUCAACUGGUUUAUCCCGUGGAGGUACCCUGUCAACUUGACUACAAUCACAGAUGAAAUGAGUGCUCAGAAGAAAGAACAUCUGGAAGUCAGCGAUUCGGGACAAUCCUUCUACUAUCAUUACACCGUUACCACAUCUACCAGCAACAAUACACGUACAAGCAGCCCCGAGGUUGGAGACACCAUCAUCGGCUUCAAGGUUGUCUAUCCUACAAAAAUAAGUAUCAUUGCUUAUUAUGAUGGGUCCAGGCUUGACGAAUACACUACGGAAGCGGAGCGGCCAUUCAUUUUGGUGGCACGCGGGAGCGUUGAUGCGGCAACCAUGCUCCAGGAUGCUCGUGAUGAAAAUACCGCCAUUGCCUGGGCCCUUAGGGCCAUUGGAUUCAAGGCAAUGUUUUUUGGGAUUUGUCUGAUACUGCAACCACUAGCAAUGGCAGCCGAUAUUAUUCCCUGCAUUGGAGACAUCUUGUCAGAAUCUAUAUCAGGUUGCCUUAUUCCUAUGGUGGCAUGUAUUAUUUCCGUGCCUUUGGCACUCUUUGUCAUCUCUUUGGGAUGGUUGUGGUACAGACCUCACAUUGCUUGGCCACUUGUUGCCACGGGAUUUGUGCUUUCUGUUGGAUUUUGCUGGUGGGCCAAGGACAAAAUCAAUGUCAACAGCAGCAAUCAUCCUGUGCCAGCCGAAAUCAAGCCAUCUGUUGGUGUUGUUCCAGAAAACGACAAAAUUGAGCCAGAUAUUGAAAUUGGAUUACCAACUGCAGUUGGGGCUGACCAGGAGGAACCAGACAUACCGGUGGUUGUUGUCGCACAAGAACCCGACAUUGACCUGACCACCAAUCCAAACAACCAAAAUGAUCCUCAUGUGCCGAGCAUUUUCAAAGCACCCUAACGAAGGCAAACACUUGAUCUGUGUGGUCUGUGCUUUCUCCCUGCUCCUCGUUGUCCCUACCAUGUAUCCCGACCUUCUCUUUUGCAUUUUUGGUUAAAUUUGUCGAAAGUGGUACGUAGUCUAGUACUGUAGUGUACACCACACGCGCCGUACCCAGCUUGUAGACUACACCCUUCUCAAUGGUCAUUUUUGUGGAAUGAAUGAGGAGUCGAGUCGAAUCGAAACACAAGUUACAUGUAUCCAAGGGGUUUAGUCGGAGAUGGUACUCGUAGAUCGUCUACGGAAGCCAGCCCGGGGCCAGGCUUCAAAGAACGAACGAGAAUCGAAUCCACCUACCGUACUGGUGGUUUGUACCUGCACCAAGGAGCUGUGUGCGAAGUCUGUAGAUGGCUAGCUAGCUGGAGCUUGGCAUUGACUGUGCAAGCUUCCUCCCAGGCUCGCAGGUCGUCUCGUCAACUCCAGGAGUACUACUAGCUAGUAGUACUUGUAGUUGAUGCUCCUUCUUUUGCGCGUCUGUUGUUGCGUUAGCCGUUCCGUGCACGCAGUUUCAGGAGUGAGUCUUGCACCGGUUGUUGUACCGGUAUGCUAUUAAUUAAUCAGAGCACCUAAGGGAUUGUAAAAGAGAUCACCUAUAUCGUCUCAUAAAAUUGUCCUUAUAAAGCUUCCAUUGCAGUGAACU